AUGGCUGCCCAUUACGAUAAUACAAGUCCCUUGAACAAAGCCAAAGUUCAACCCUUGCAUAAUGAAUCAGAAGGUGAGCCGCAGAAGCUGCAGAAUUUUGCAUUCGGGGCAUAUUUGGGACUCGUUGUAUGUCUUUCAUGGAAUCUCGUGGCUGUAACAUGUUUAUGGAUUCUGGGAGGGGCAGAAAAUAUAACCUUGUUGCUCGCCAUCGCCGUCUUGGUGCUUGGAGUUCCAGCAGCCUAUGCAUCAUGGUAUCGUACGCUUAGUCUUGCUUUUAGAGAAGAAGAUAAUGCGUCGAAGUUCCAUGAGUUUUUACUGUUGUACCUUAUCCACCUUGCCUUCUGCGUAUUUGCUUCAAUAAAUACUCCGGGAAAAUAUCUCACUGGCAUCCAGAGUGCAAUGGAUGUUUAUUUAGAUAAUCAUAAUUUGAUGAUUGGGAUCUUCUACUUGAUCGGUUCUGUGCUUUUCUAUCUUGAAUUCUGGCUCAGCUUCUGGGUUAUGAUGCGUGUACAAGCUUAUUACCGUCACCGUCAAGGUGGUUUAGCAUCGGUCGAUCAAGAUUUAACUCUUCCAAGCUUGUAA